GCCAUAAAGCCUUCUUCCUCCUUUGUAGUUCCCAUAGGCAUUUUCUGAACUCAAGGAGGCAAAAUGACUAGCCAGUCUCAGGGAAUACAGCAACUUCUCCAGGCAGAAAAACGGGCCAAAGAUAAGCUUGAAGAAGCCAAAAAAACAAACAAUAGCGAAGGGGAGGUGGAAACUCAAUAAGCACGAAGCACGAAGCUGAAGACACCAGCCUGAAGAUGACGAAUGGGACUUCGUCGAAACGUCGCCAAGACACCUCCAAUUUUACGUGGGAGAAAAUCCGAAUAACCAAAGACCUACAUAUAAAUACCCGAAAAGGAAAGAGACUGAAGCAGGCCAAGGAAGAAGCCAUAGCAGAGAUAGACCACUACAGGCUCCAGAGGGAAAAAGAUUUCAGACGGAAGCAUUCCAAAAUAAUGGGCUCUCAUGAUAAUCUAUCAACAAAAAUAGAUGAAGAAACUGCAGCAAAGAUCCAAGGCCUCACUAAUAAUUAUCACAAGAACAUGGAGAAUGUGCUUGGUCAUCUAUUAGGCAAAGUGUACGACAUCAAUCCUGAUAUCCAUCCAAAUUAUACAUAUACAAUUUAAAUCCCCUAUGGAAAUGUUUUAAAAGAAGCAGUUCUUGCAGAAUGAGAUAGCCUAACGAAGAUGGCAGAUUGGGAACUAUCAUUUUAUAUUAGCUUGUUACCAAUUAUAUUUUUAUUACCAGCCAGGACCAAACAGAAUCCAUUUGGAUUUUCUGUUUCCAACAGCCAAAUUAUUACACAUAAUUUUACUACAGAUUUUUUUAAAAUUAUUAUUGCUUUCUUCAUUCCAGCUGGAUAUAUAAUAUAAUCUCAAAGCUGAAACAUAUUCUUGAGUAUAAUAUUUGUAAUAUGGCCAGCUUUUAUAGGCAACUCUCUGGCAACAUAGAUUUCUACCCUCACUUUUUUUUUCUUUUUUUGUAGCAAAGAUUGUAUCACUUAAAUAUGGGCAAAAGCAGAAAAAAGAAUUGCUUGACACCAGCAGCUUUUAAGUGGGUGUCUUUUUUUCCUUCUGAUGUUCUCUACUGCUUGGAGAGUAUUUUGUCAUAUGGCUUGUUGUAGGAAAUCUGUUUGCCUCAAUAUGUGGAGUUUUAAAAUAACUAAGUAUACAAUAAAUAUUAUAUAUUAUUAGACUUAACAUUAA